GGGAGCCCGAAGCCCGGAGCCCGAAGCCCGAGGACGUCGGCGCCCCCGUGAGCGGGGAGGCGCGCGCGAAGGAGCGAGCGAGGGAACUCGAGGCAGCGCGGCGGCCACUCGGCGCAGCACCCCGAGGUGGAAAUGAGUUCUCAACAGUUUCCUCGGUUAGGAACCCCUUCCACUGGGCUAAGCCAGGCCUCUUCCCAGAUUGCAAACAGUGGCUCUGCAGGACUAAUAAACCCAGCCGCUACAGUUAAUGAUGAACCUGGUCGCGAUGCUGAAGUCACUGCCAGGGAGCACCUGGGUUCCAGCAGCUCCCUCCAGUCUCGUGAAGAUAAGCAAGAGCCUGUUGUGGUGAGACCCUACCCACAGGUGCAGAUGUUGUCCACACACCAUGCCGUUGCUUCAGGCACCCCCGUCACAGUGACAACUCCACCAGCACAUCUGACGCCAGCAGUGCCACUCUCUUUUUCGGAGGGACUCAUGAAGCCACCCCCGAAACCCACCAUGCCUAGCCGGCCCAUUGCUCCUGCUCCACCUUCCACUUUGUCACUUCCUCCCAAGGUUCCUGGGCAGGUGACUGUUACCAUGGAGAGUAGCAUCCCUCAAGCUUCAGCUAUUCCUGUGGCAACAAUCAGUGGACAGCAGGGACAUCCUAGUAAUCUGCAUCAUAUCAUGACCACAAAUGUACAGAUGUCUAUUAUUCGGAGCAAUGCACCUGGGCCUCCUCUUCAUAUCGGAGCUUCUCAUUUACCUCGAGGUGCGGCGGCAGCUGCUGUGAUGUCCAGUUCUAAAGUAACCACGGUCCUGAGACCGACUUCUCAGUUGCCAAAUGCUGCUACAGCUCAGCCAGCAGUACAGCACAUAAUUCACCAACCAAUCCAGUCUCGGCCGCCUGUGACCACUUCUAACACCAUCCCUCCUACUGUGGUCGCUACUGUCUCCGCCACCAGAGCCCAGUCUCCGGUCAUCACUACAACAGCAGCACAUGCUGCAGAUUCAGCACUUAGUCGGCCAACAUUGUCAAUCCAGCAUCCACCAUCAGCAGCAAUUAGUAUUCAGCGUCCUGCUCAGUCACGGGAUGUGACAACGAGGAUCACACUGCCAUCUCACCCUGCCUUGGGGACACCCAAACAGCAGCUACACACAAUGGCUCAGAAAACCAUCUUUAGUACUGGCACACCAGUGGCUGCAGCAACUGUGGCACCCAUUUUGGCAACCAACACCAUUCCUUCAGCAACCACGGCUGGAUCUGUGUCACAUACACAGGCUCCCACAAGUACGAUUGUUACCAUGACAAUGCCCUCACAUUCAUCCCAUGCCACUGCUGUGACUGCCUCAAACAUCCCAGUUGCUAAGGUGGUGCCACAGCAGAUCACACAUACUUCUCCACGGAUCCAGCCUGAUUAUCCCGCCGAGAGGAGUAGUCUAAUCCCCAUUUCAGGUCAUCGGGCCUCUCCAAAUCCUGUGGCCAUGGAAACACGAAGUGACAAUAGACCAUCUGUUCCUGUUCAGUUCCAGUACUUUCUGCCCGCGUAUCAGCCUUCUGCAUACCCCCUGGCUGCACACACGUACACCCCAAUCACCAGUUCUGUGUCCACCAUUCGACAGUAUCCAGUUUCUGCUCAGGCUCCAAACUCUGCCAUCACUGCACAGACUGGUGUUGGAGUGGCAUCCACAGUGCACCUUAACCCCAUGCAGUUGAUGACCGUGGAUGCAUCUCAUGCUCGACACAUCCAGGGGAUUCAGCCAGCCCCCAUCGGCACCCAAGGGAUCCAGCCACCUCCCAUUGGCACCCCAGGAAUACAGCCAGCGCCUAUUGGCACACAGGGAAUUCACUCAGCGACCCCAAUCAGCACACAAGGACUUCAGCCUACACCACUUGGUGCUCAGCCACCUCCAUCUGAGGGAAAGACUUCAGCAGUGGUUUUGGGAGAUGGAGCCACAAUUGUAGCCAACCCUAUUAGCAAUUCCUUCAGUGCUGCCCCAGCAGCCACCACCGUGGUGCAGACCCACAGCCAGAGUGCUAGCAGCAGCGCUCCAGCCCAGGGCUCCUCCCCCCGCCCAAGCAUACUUCGGAAGAAACCAGCCACAGAUGGAAUGGCAGUUCGGAAAACACUCAUUCCUCCCCAACCCCCUGAAGUGACUAGUCCUCGAGUGGAGAGCUCUAUGAGGAGUACAUCCGGGUCACCUAGGCCUGCAGGUGCCAAACCCAAGUCAGAAAUCCAUGUUUCAAUGGCCACUCCAGUCCCUGUGUCCAUGGAGAAUGUGUCCAGUCAGAAUAGUGAUCAGCCGACCAUUGCAGUUCCGCCUACUACCCAGCAGCCUCCACCCGUCAUUCCAGCCAUGAUCGCAGCAGCUAGUCCCCCAUCCCAACCAGCUACCGCCCUUUCCACCAUUCCUGGAGCUGUCCCCAUCACCCCACCUAUCACGACCAUUGCUGCUGUUCCCCCACCAUCAGCGGCCGUGGGUGGCAGCCUUUCUUCGGUUUUGGGUCCUCCUGUACCUGACAUCAAAGUUAAAGAAGAAGUGGAACCAAUGGACAUCAUGAGGCCAGUAUCUGCUGUUCCUCCACUGGCUACCAACACUGUGUCUCCAUCUCUUGCAUUGCUGGCUAACAACCUGUCCAUGCCCACAAGUGACCUACCACCUGGUGCCUCCCCAAGGAAAAAGCCUCGAAAGCAACAACAUGUAAUUUCAACGGAGGAAGGGGACAUGAUGGAGACCAACAGCACUGAUGAUGAGAGGUCCACUACCAAGAAUCUCCUGGUGAAGGCAGAGAAGCGCAAGUCUCCUCCCAAGGAGUAUAUUGAUGAAGAAGGGGUAAGGUAUGUUCCAGUGCGCCCAAGACCACCUAUUACUUUGCUUCGUCACUAUCGGAACCCCUGGAAAGCUGCUUACCACCACUUUCAGCGGUACAGUGAUGUCCGGGUCAAAGAGGAGAAGAAAGCUAUGCUGCAGGAAAUAGCUAACCAGAAAGGAGUGUCCUGUCGUGCCCAAGGCUGGAAAGUCCACCUCUGUGCUGCCCAAUUACUACAGCUGACAAAUCUAGAACAUGACGUUUAUGAAAGACUCACCAACCUGCAGGAAGGGAUUAUCCCAAAGAAAAAGGCAGCGACUGACGACGAUCUGCACCGAAUCAGUGAGCUCAUACAGGGAAAUAUGCAAAGGUGCAAACUGGUGAUGGAUCAGAUCAGUGAGGCCAGAGACUCCAUGCUUAAGGUCUUAGAUCAUAAAGAUCGGGUCCUGAAGCUUCUAAACAAGAAUGGGACUGUGAAGAAGGUGUCAAAAUUAAAGCGGAAAGAAAAAGUCUAGACUGAGAAGAAUCAGGACUUUGAAAACAGAAUUGAUGACAAAUGAUUAUGAGGGUAGUGGGGAGGGUUUGGACAAUUUUCAAAGUGGAACAUUGAAAUAAAGGAAGCUUUCCUUACUUCAGAUGUGAAAGCAGAAGGGACCCUUGGCAUCCAGUGGCACAAACGGAUCAGGGCUGACAUGACACGGUGAACUCCGUCUUUUCUUUCAGGUGUACCCCUCAACCUUCCUUCCUGCCGUGUCAUAAAUGGCCCCUGGUGCAUCAGUGUCCACUGUUUGGAAUCAGUGACGCAAAUGAAUGGCUGGCAUUUUUCAGCCUCCCACUUUAUAAACUCUUAUUUAUCUGAUGGAUUCCUUCAGGACCCAUACUGAGCCCGGACUGAAAGUAUCCUCUCGGACCAUCUGUUCUCUCUACACUGAAAGUCCAACCUCUUCCCUGCACCACACGGUGGGUUGUUUGUCUGACCUUCAGCUGCCUGAGCUGGCCUUUCUACAGUAGUGCCAUGGUCCUGGAGAACUGCCACUGCUCACUCUUAACGGGGUUCAGCUACCAAUUCUUGUCUUUUUUCCCCUGGGAAGAACCAUUUCAGAGUGAAAUCAUUCUUUUGUCUGUCCUGCGUGUGUCAAGAGUUGGAUUUUUGUGGCCGGUGCAGAGCAGGCAACAAACACCAUUAAGCUUCUCUGGAUGCUUGUUCUGAAGUAUACUCUUGGUUUUCAGUACUUCGUGCCUGGUGUGAUCCUGUUAUUGUAUGUACUGCACAUCUCCAAACGUUAAUAAAGGACUCAAAGGUUUUUGUA